AUGCUUCUUGGUCUCUGGGUCGUCCUGUUGCUAUACUCUGCUCUACAGUCCGUCCUCUGUCUUCCAUUUGAGCCGGAGAACAUUGCGCGAAGGCAAAUUGUCAGAGCACGCGUCAUUCACAUUGGAGAUGCGUCCCCGAGUCCCAAAUCAACGAUGACUGUAAUCAUUUCUGGGGCAGCAACGAGCACCCCUACUGGAUCAGCGUUCACUAUCUGCGUUGGAUUCAACCCAGCAACCACAACCACGAGCUCAGAUUCAACUACCAGCUCUGAGUCACUCAUAACAACAGCGACUUCCCAGCCCAGUCCCAGCAGCAGUACUCCGCUACCGUCUUUGCCCUCCGUAUUCUCCCCCAUUUCUUUGUCAAGCUCUCCACCCAUAUCGCUUUCCCGCCCCCCAAGUCAGGCAGUAGUUGCCACAACCACAGGGAAAAGCCCUUUUUCGACAAUUUCUGUUGAUUUAAGCAAGCCCUCAGCAACAAACACAGACGAUACUAACCCCGAAAUCCCUCCUCCUAUCCCAACAUCGCGUCCUAGUGGUGGUAGUAGCGGCAGCAGUAGUAGUGCGCCAAACCCCGGCCUCCAGAAAUUCACUGGUUCCCUUGGAGGGCUCACUGCACCAGCCGUGACUGCAGUUGCGAAUGAUCAGUUCCAAGUGGACGGAAUUGGAUCCCUAUUUAAUAAGGUCGGAGAGGCACUGAACAGAUCAUGCGCAGAGCAGCAUAACCACUGUGCUGAUGCUGCUAAUGCCUCGGAUGACAAGAGUUUGUCUGUUGGUGCUUGCGAUACGCAACAACACCAAUGCCUUUCCUCCAAUGGUUUAGGUUGA